AUGUCAGAACCGACGGACCCUAGCCCUGGGGAUCCGGCCAACGUGUCCACCGAGUCGAAUGCGCCAGCUACAGAGACUAGCCAAUCCCCCGCGCAGAGUGGGCAGCCGGCAGAAGAAACACAUGCGCCUUCAAAUUCAAAUCAGGAACAAACUGCGAUGAGCGAGCCUCAUUCAGUAACCCCGCAACCAGUCGCGGACUCCGAUCAGCAAGAGGGCACUGGCAACCCGCAAGAAGGAACUGAGCCACCUGCACCUGCGCCGAAUGUCACCACCUCGUCGAUGGACCAUUCAUUACCUGCGAUGGACUCUCACAUUCCAUCUUUGGACUUUGACACGGAACUACCCUCAGUGGGAUCAGCCGCAGACGCAGACCUCUCACUCCCCGCGAUCGAUACAACCCUGCCUUCACUCGAUUCUUCAUUGCCUGCAAUCGGGACUGAUAUUCCCACCAUGGACGAACACGAACAUCACUCGUUCGAUGACGAAUUUAACCACCAUGAUCACCACGAUCACCACGAUCACCACGCCGGAUCCGCAGACUCUGGGAACAACUUUGACCAGCACUCGGAGUCGAUGAAUGGCUCGAGCCAAUACCAAACGCCCUCCAACGGCACCUACCAAUAUCCGCAGAACCCCGGCCCGCAACAGCAGGCGGAUGGACAACAGCCUCAAGGGCAGUCUCAGCACCAGUUCCAGUCGCAGCCGCCACACAACUACCAACAACAAAGUCCUGACAUGUAUCACAACCCGGGUGGCUUCUCCUCGGUGAACUCAAACUCCGGGAACAAUGGCCAGGGACAGCCUGGACAGGUACCACAGGCUCCCAUCGGAUCGCCGAUGCCCGCACACAUGCCUCCGAUGGCUUCGAUGGGCCAGUACAUGACGGGCUAUCCGUCGAAUGUGCCGCAGAACCCGAAUUCGCAGAUGCGAUACCCACUUCCCGGUGACCCUAACAAGAUUCUAUCCGGCGGGAGACAUAAGAAGGAGGUCAAGCGACGCACAAAAACUGGUUGUUUGACCUGUCGCAAGCGAAGAAUCAAGUGUGACGAAGGACAUCCGGUCUGCAGAAAUUGCGUGAAGAGCAAGCGCGAGUGCUUAGGCUACGACCCGGUGUUCAGGCCUACAUCAACCACCCCCUCGGCCAUCCAGCCAGCUCCGAACCCCCCCCCGUCGCUGGUCGUUAACCCUCAAGGCCCUCCUGUCCAGUCGGCUCCUUCCUAUCCUUCCGCGCCCCCUGGGUACAUGCCCGCUUCCUCGCAACCUUUUGCACCGUCCCUCCACUCCGAAUCCCCUAGCACCUCGACCGACCAACCAGAACAAUAUCGCGGAGCUUCCGUUGACCAUACCUUGGGAGCCCACAACAACACACAACACCCUACAAAUAUGCAGAACUCCGGUGAUAUGCGGCCCCAGAGCUCGGAGCCCACGUAUAAAGCAGUGAAAACACUCCAUGUCAAUGACCUGGUCGCCUUAAGGGGCAUUCAACCUCCACCUCCUCAUCCCGUUGGAAACCUCCCUCCCGGUCGUCUCGAAGAAAUCCAGGCUGUGUUCCUGGCCACAUAUGCGCCUGCCAUUGACAAGCUGUUGGAAGUUCGCUGGUAUUCAGAAAAGGCGUUACCAGUCCUUAUGGCAGAUUCGCAGCUUAUGGCAGACUACUCAGCAUUGAUCAACGCUUUCAACGACUGGAAUCUAGGUGACAGCAACACCCUGGCUCGCCUGGAAAGUUUUGAGGCCUCAAUCAUCUGGAGAAGUAUGGUUCUGUGCCGCCAGGUGCCAAGUGCAGAGAAUGGACAGUACGGACAAGACUGGAACCUGCUUGCUACCAAUGCCCGACUCAAUGCCAUUGAGGCUCUGCUUAGCUGGAACCACAUGGAGCAGAAUGCCCUGUCGCGGCCAUUGGGUAUGGAUGCCGCUACUCCACCUACCACAGCCGAUCAGUUCAUGCAACGACAGCUGGAUUUCUGGAGCGAACUUGGCGAUUUCCUUACGCUCCACGAUAACGAGGCCAGCUCGGCCAAACAAAUCGACGACACCUUGACCCGUUGUCGGUCACUGCUGGAUACAUAUGAAAACCGCGACAUCAUUUAUUCCAUUGCCAUUGCGCGCCACCUCGGUCAGCGCUGGGCCGACUUCCCCCAUAACCUACCGAAGAUUGGCUAUUCUACCGAGAAAGAAGCAGGCACCAAGCUCUUCGUCGCGUCGAAGUUUAUCGAAGAAGAAGCCGAGGGCAAGGGCACCACCCAGAUCUACAAGCGCAUUUGCUGCAUGGCAGUGCGCUCGUGGUGGGUUGCUCGUGAGUGA